GCUUAUACAUGUUUCAAUACGGAUCAAUAAUGAAUUACCAGCUAUUUGGUUGGUCGUUUUAAAAAUGCUUUUAAAUAUAGUAAUGAUGAGUUCGGCAUUUAAAAGAAAAUGCCUAACUGGAAGGAUCAUAAUUAAAAAUAGAACUAACCGAAUUCAAAUAGAAAAUGGUGAGACAGCAGAAUUAACCUAACGGACGAUAGGCAAAAGAAAAAGUUGAUUUAACAUCAUUAAAAAUAAAAAUUCUUUGGACUGUACCAUUUUAUGACGAAGCAUGUCUAAUUCAAAGUUCCAACUAACUGGAGAGAACACUAAUCUGGCCCGUGUGGCCCAGAUGAUAUUGGGUCCAUGCACUAACGUACUACGUGAUGUUCUAAGGAAGGAGAUCUCCCCGUCCGAUUUGGAGAAAAAAGUCAGAGCUUAUAUUUCUAUGAAAAAGAAAUCUCUCAUCAACAAACACCAGGAGGCACUUGUAUACGGUCACGAUUACUCAAAAUUUGAUGUUACAUUGCUGUACUUCCUAUUACGGAAUAUGUGCUCAAUUCAACCGCAUUCAAACAAAUGGGGAAAGAACCCAAGAGCGGGAGAUGGAAGUGUGUCAGCAAACAUUGAACGAAUUCGACUGUUAAGAAAUGAAUAUGGACACAAUUCGGAAACAUCUAUCUCCGACACAGACUUUAUAAAAAACUACCAAUAUAUUAAGGACACUGUUCAGGAGUUGGAGAUGUACUUAGGUACCUCCACUAAAUACCAGGACGAGGUGAAGGAACUGGAAACUUGUCCCAUGGAUCCUACACAAAGCGAGAAAAAUAUAAAAGAACUACUUGACCUCCAUGAAAAAUUCAAAGAUAUUUCAGAAGAUGUCAAAGAAAUGAAGAACACAGUUCUUCCUUGGAAUAUAAAAGUUAUAUAUGGAAACGACGUCCUUAAAUGGAAAGAGGACGACAGGUCCUUUGUGGAAACUCACAACUUUCAUGCAAUGAUAAACAAAGUUAGACAACAGUCGUUCGUGAUGUUUGUUGGUGUCCCUGGCUCAGGAAAAACGGCUUCAGUCCGCCAUACCGCCCUUCUACUGCAAGAGAAAGAUGGGUAUGAAAUAUUACCAACCAAAGAUAUAAAGGACAUUGAAACGUAUUGUGACCCUCGCAAUCCACAGGUGUUUGUUAUUGAUGAUGUCCUAGGUGUGUUUGGGUUUGACAUGAAGGAACUUGAGAAGCUCACCAUGUAUAAAGAUAGAUUAAAUGAACCUACAAUGCCAGAGACCAAGGUUCUUAUGACAUGCCGGGAGGUAGUUUUCAAACAUGAAGCUUUAUCAGGAUCCUUUCUGUCAAAUGAAAAACAUGUAGUUCAGUUACACAGUAAAGAAAAUGCUUUAAAUGACCAAGAUAAAUAUGAUUUAUUUGCAAAAUACUACUUAGAUACAGAUUUGUUAUCAACAGACACUAUGUCAAAAAUAUCGAAAAGUUUUCCUUAUCUAUGCAAAUUGUUUUCAAGAAAGGAAGAGUUAAGACAUUAUGGACCACAGUUUUUUAUUUCACCUGUUCCAUGUUACAUGGAGCUUCUGGACAACAUGAAAAUAAGAAACAAGGUUCAUUAUGCUUCAUUAGUUUUAUUAAUGACCAAUCAAAAUUCAUUGUCAGAAAAAGAUUUUAACAACGAAAGCUCAAAGCAUUUUGAUGAAAUGAAGUUCAAGGUUUUAAAGAGAUGCAAAGUUGACCCUGUGACCUGUAGGUUUUUGUUUACUGAUGCAUUGACUGAAAUGGUAGGGACUUACACCGAGCAACGUCAAAGUAAGUUUAAAUUUAUUCACGAUUCCAUGCUUGAAAUAGUUGCCUAUCAUUUUGGUCGCCACUCUCCAGAGCUAAUUUUGCAAUAUAUGGAUAGUGAUUACAUUGCUAAUUAUAUCAAACCAGACAAAUACAAAUGUAGGAAACGUAAAGGCGAAGAAGAAGAAGAUAAUUUAGAACAAACAGUCAAUGCGAAGGAAGACAGUAAUACCGUUGCCGAAAAUAAAAAUGUGCAUGAUUUGUGUAUAAAACUGCAAGAGUCCCAGUACCAUUUACUUGCUGAUCGUUUGUUUAAAGAUAUACAUAAAGGCGAGUUGUUUAAUGUUUUUGAAAACGAAGCAUUAAAACAUCCGUUGGUACUUCAGAACUUUUUAGAUGUGAUGAAAUGUAAGCCUUAUUCGGAGUUGUUCACAGUAUUUCUGUCAGAGUUAAAGGAAGAACACAUUAAACAAGCAAAAACAUCUAAAAAACAUUUUUUCUCCAGCAAAAGCUAUAAUCUGCUCAUGAAUUCAAGAUGGAUUGGCGAAGAUGAUUUUCCUUAUACGUGUGCUCGUGCGAUUGACUGGGUUAUAUUUUAUGGACACAAUCAAAUUUUACAGUUCAUCAUAGAUCAGAUCAUUAAACACACAGAAACGGUCAAUGACCUAUUUCAAACUCCCUUUAACAUUCGAUCGGAUGAUUGUUGUACUUCUGUAGAUAAUACAGAUUGUAUCAAAAGAAAUGAGUCAGAUAUCAAUGAAAAUAGUGCAAGAAGAUGUGAUGUGUCAGAUGAUGAUUCUUGGUCCGAUUUAUGCUCCGAAACAGAUGUCAUGGACAAAUAUUUUGGGACCGAAGACGUCAUUGUUGAGCAACGCCGCCUACUAAAUCUUAGUUGUUAUAGUGGUGACCUUCUUACUUUCCAAAAUUUACUUCCAUAUUAUGAUAAAAAUGUUCUUUUUUCUGAAUCAUGGCGGGUACCCGAACUGUUACACGAUGAUGAUAAUGAUGAUUGGAAUAUUUUUGACCCCCCAAUGGUUGUUGCAAGUAAAACAGGACAUUUGAAUAUACUUCUGGAACUGUUAAACCUUGGUGCAUAUGCCAAUGACAACAGUUAUUGUGAUAAAUCACUGGUUGUUGCAUGUUCAAAAGGAUAUUUAGAUUUAGUAAUUGAAUUGUUAAAACAUAAAGCAAAUGUCAAUAUUACAAAUUCUAAUAUGACACCACUCAUUGUGGCGUGUUUAUACGGGUAUUCUGAUAUAGUACUUGAAUUGAUAAAACACGGAGCAGAUGUCAACAUUACAGUUUUUGGUAAUUCACCCCUUAUUGCUGCUUGUUCAGGCGGAAAUAUAGUUGUUGUACUUGAAUUGAUAAAACAAGGAGCAGAUGUCAAUAUCACAGUUUCUGAUUGUUCACCACUUAUAAUUGCAUGUUCAGAAGGACAUUUUGAUAUUGUUCUUGAAUUGUUAAAACAUGGAGCAGAUGCCAAUAUCACAGUUUCUGAUAAUUCACCCCUUGUUGCUGCGUGUUCGAUACAUUUUUUUUUUCAAGGGGAAGAAUUUGUUACGACAAGGUACAGGUGUCGAUACCGGAUGUUUCUUGGAUGAAUCCAAAUAUGAUGCAUGCUCUAAAGUUCAGUCAGAUAUGAUACACGAACUCUUAAAAAAUGGAGCAGAUGUCAAUAUCAAUAUCUUUCAAACUUCCGCUCUAAUUGCUGCUUGUUUAAAUAGAUAUAUAAAUA